AUGGCCAUGUCAGCUGUCAACGGAACCGGCGGAUCAUUAGCAAGCGCAGCGAUGGAAUCUGUCAAGAGAAGAAUUGAAGGAGAAUCCGGGCCUGCUGCAGCCGCAACCGUACCUAACGCGAUCAACGGAUUUGAAUGGCUGCGCAGUGUGUUGGAGAAGCGCCACUUCCGGAUACCGUGCGUGGACAUCAUUGUGAGGCUAUGA